AUGGACUCUUCCUUUGAUCUUCCGGACUCCACCGACUGGAUCAAAACGUCCUUACCUGCCUUCGAACCGCUCGAAGCUGCCUUGCGCUGUGAGGUCUGCAAGGAGUUCUACCAUAACCCCGUCAUCACGUCCUGUUCCCACACAUUCUGCUCGAUAUGUAUACGAAGAUGUAUUGCUUCGGACGGGAAAUGUCCGAGCUGCAAGACAGGAUGCUCUAGCGACAAAUUGGCACCAAAUAUUGCGGUUAGAGAAGUAGUAAUGCGGUUUCAAGAGGCGAGGCCGAAAGCGCUGGAGUUAGCGCGUGCAGACAAAGACGAGGAAGUCAAGGGCGGUCGCAGAAAGAAGAGGAAAAUAGAAGACACGGAUAUAGAGGAAGACGACAAUGUCAGGCAUACUCGGUCUCGACAAACCCGGAGUAAAAGUCAGCGCAACGGAGGUAGAGCAGCAUCGCCUGCUGUAGUCGCUGAUAGCGAAGACGGUGACGAAGAUUUUGUCCCGGAUGGUAUGGUCAAGUGCCCAGUCUGCAAUCGUGGCAUGAAGGAAGAGCUAGUCUACAACCACCUGGAUACAUGCACUGGGCCAAAUGCGUCGCCGGGGCGUAAUACCAGGCCAAGGUAUCAAGAGACUGACAUUGUUGCUAUCAGAAUAAAACCAGCCUUCCCCGCGUUACAGACACGAAAAAAAGACCCUUCGCCUCCGCCAACAAGAUUAUCGCAACUCAACUAUGCUAUGAUGAAAGAGACCGCAUUGCGGAAAAAGCUACAAGAAAUUGGCAUCCCCAAUUGGGGCACCAAAGACCUAAUGAAGAGGAGACAUAUAGAGUGGAUCAAUAUCUUUAACUCGAAUUGCGACGCCCAUGAUAGUCUGAGAAAGAGUCACAGGCAGUUGUUGAAAGAAUUAGACGAGUGGGAGCAGACCCAGGGCGGUAAAUCGAACAACAAGGAGAGUGCGAUUAUGAGGAAGGACUUCGACGGCGAAGGGUAUGCAAAAUCGCAUAGAACAGAAUUCGAGGACUUGAUUGCACGAGCGCGGCAAAAACGUGCGACGUCCAAAACAGACGACGAGUAUUCUGGGCAAAACACGCCUGCAGACGGACAACGCACAGGAACGCGAGACGAGACUACGGCGAAUGGUACCGAUGAUCCCUCUCGAGAAUCCAUAUCGAAUCAUGCUUCCCCAGAUACACUUCUGCCAGGCUACGGUCCCCACAAUCCAUCCGAAGACGGCCAAUCAGCGCCGGCCACCAUGCCAGCAAAAGGUGAAGCAGCGAAUAGCACGUCGACAAUACAUACUCUGAAAUCCGACAAUUCGAUGCAAGGAAAAGAGAUUCCCUUAGGAAGUCCGAGCCGUCAGGUGCCCAUUUAUGCGGUUCCUGAAAAACCAGUCAAGGACAUGGAGGGUAAUGCGGCCGUGCAAUAG